GCUAUUCGGUCCGGUUGGAGGUGUCUUGUCUGGCCCGCUUUUAUUGUUGCUCACAUUCACAGCUCGUGGAAUUUUUUUCGCUCAAGUCAAAAGCAUAAUGUCGUCAACAGCCGUUCAGCCACCGACACCCGUGCCACCACCGCCGCCAGCUGCUGCUGCUUCCGCUGGAAAGGGUCUUCACUCCAAGGUGUACAAUGGCCUCAUUGGAGCCUGUGACAAGUUUGUGCCCGCCAAGAUGCGUCCCCUGUGGAUGCACGCAGCUGGUCCCAAAACGAUCUUCUUCUGGGCGCCCGUAUUCAAGUGGGGUCUCGUUGCAGCCGGACUGGGUGAUUUGGCCAGGCCAGCGGACACAAUUUCCGUAUCCGCAUGCGCUGCCUUGGCGGCCACGGGCAUCGUCUGGUCACGCUACUCCCUGGUGAUCAUACCCAAGAACUACAGUCUAUUUGCCGUGAAUCUCUUUGUCGGCCUGACGCAGAUGGUCCAACUUGGUCGCGCCUACAUGUACCAGCAGGAGCAGGAGAAACUGAAGAAGGCGCAGGAAGAGAAGCCCGCCCUCACGCAGUAGAGAAUUUCCAUCGAAUUGGUGCUAUCCCCCAUAUCCCCCUAUAUAUAUAUUUAAAUCUAUUUGUAUUUUACAAACCAAUCCCACAACGCACAUCGUUAACGAAAGGAUCUGAAAAGGGUAUAUUCUGCGCAGAUCUAUAUCUGCGUGUAUACACUUUGUUGACCAUUAUUAUUUAUGGUGUUAUGCCUUAUAAACGUGAUUCGUACUACUUAAGUUGUAAAUGUGGAGGCUUCGCGUAUGCUUUUUUAUUGAUACGAGAAUUCAUUAUUGGACAUU